GAUGUCCAAACCACAGGAUGCUGUGGGCAGAGUGUGGACUUCAACCUUUGAUAAGUUUAGAACAAACAUGGCGUCUGUGAACGAAGAGACAAGGCGAUUCUUUCUCGCCCUGCAGUUUCUCAUCGUCUUUAUCGCAGUAUGCAGUGGAGGAGUAUUUGUGAGCAGACCUGAGGCUAGCGUCUUCCUGCAUCGUAGUCGUCGAGCUAACACCUACUUCUUUGAGGAGUGGAAAGCAGGAAAUCUGGAGCGGGAGUGUCUGGAGGAGAAAUGUUCGUAUGAAGAGGCCAAAGAGAUCUUUGCUUUGCCUCAGCAGCUGGAAGCGUUCUGGAGGUCGUACACAGCUGUGGACCACUGCCUUUCAUCUCCCUGUAAGAACGGAGCCACCUGCACUCGAUUGGUUGACACCUAUGCCUGCAAAUGUCCGCCCAGAUUCCAUGGACAUAAUUGUCACAAAGUUCGUCUGACGUCCAAUGGCUGUCGCUACAGAAAUGGAGGCUGUGAACAUUUCUGCAAAGACCUUCCAGAUCGUACCUACAUCUGUUUCUGUGCCAAAGGAUACAAACUGGACCAGGACAAUAGUACCUGUCUUCCACAAGAGGCUGUGGUUUGUGGACGUCAACUGGUCCACAUUGCACCACGAGUGGUCAAUGGAAAGGUUUGUCCAAAAGGACACUGUCCAUGGCAGGCUUUGCUGACAGAGAGUAAUAACCUCGCUUGUGGUGCCAUCAUCCUGUCGGAGCAUUGGGUUCUGACUGCAGCUCACUGUGUCUGGAGGAAACCUACAAAUAACUUCCACGUCAUUGUCGGUGAACACGACCGUCUGGAGGACGAGAAGACAGAGCAGCGUCGUCAGGUCCUGAAGAUCCUGAUCCAUCCUGCUUAUAACCAGUCCAGUUCUGACAGUGACCUGGCUCUGCUCAAGCUUCAUCGCCCAGUGAAGCUGGGCUCCUAUGUGGUACCCAUCUGUCUUCCAGCCCAGAAUAGCACCUUCGUCAGGACCCUGGCCACAGUCCGACACUCUACAGUGUCAGGCUGGGGCCGUUUGGUUCAGAACGGGUCCCCAGCUCGGCUCCUGCAGCGUGUCGUACUACCACGGGUCCCCCUCCAGGAGUGUCGGCUCCACACAAAACUCAACAUCACCAAGAACAUGCUGUGUGCUGGGAACAGGGUGGAGCGGCAGGACGCCUGUGCGGGGGACAGCGGGGGGCCCCUGGUGACCUACUACAGGAAGACAUGGUUCUUGACAGGUGUGGUGAGCUGGGGAAAAGGCUGUGCCAAUGAGAACAUGUAUGGAGUCUACGUCAAAGUCAGCAACUUCCUGGACUGGAUCCAAGAAAACAUGUCUACAGGUUGUGUCUCUUUGGAUAUCCGGACCAUGGUGGACCCAACAAGACCAGUGGCACAUGUUCUGCUGCUGCUGCUGUUCCUGUGGAACUGCUGUCUAGCCCACAAUGUUUUCCUGAGUAGCAAGGAGGCAUCGGAGCUUCUGGUUCGUAGUCGACGAGCUAACACUCUGUUUGAGGAGAUGAAACCAGGAAACCUUGAGAGGGAAUGUGUGGAGGAAAUCUGUGAUCACGAAGAAGCCAGAGAGGUUUUCGAAGAGCCAUUGAAGACGGAAAACUUUUGGCAGAUAUACCUGGACUGUCUUGGUCCUCAAACAUCCAGAUCAGGGAAAAACAUUGACAUCAUCAGACAAUGUAUACAAGGCUUCUGUGUUAUGGGGUCUAAAAGUGGAGUGAGUUAUAAUGGAGACGUCAACAUCACCAUAUCAGGGAAACGAUGUCAGUACUGGAAAGACAACUUCCCACAUCCUAUCAUGAGGGAGUUUAACGUGUCUGAUGUGGACCACAUUCUUCAGGAGAAUUUUUGUCGUAAUCCAGAUAAGAGUUCUAAAGGACCCUGGUGCUUCACGCAGGACCCAACAGUACCUAAAGAGUCCUGCAGCAUCCCCAUCUGUGGCCAGGACUACACACCUCCAACUCUGGCACCAGAACCAUUACAGACCACUGCCUGUUUACCCAAUCAUGGAGUGGAUUACGUUGGCGACCUGGCUGUGACUCUAGGAGGACACACUUGUUUGCCCUGGUCCUCACCAAAAGUACAGGAGCUCAGCAAGAGCAAGGAGUUCAUGGCUGAGGUAAAUCUUCUCGGUAACAAGUGCCGGAACCCAGACAAUGACCCCGAGGGCCCCUGGUGCUACGUGGAGGUUUUUGGAAACCUGACGAUUGACUUUUGCGACAUCGACGUCUGUGACACCUCUCUUCUUGGAGAUACUGACUCAGAUGUCACUGAAGACAGGGAACGCUCAGUCCUUGGUUCUAGCAGGAAAACCUUUUUUGAUGUCGAACACUUUGGACAAGGAGAGCUUGAGUGUGGACAACGCCCCCUGUUUGAGAAAACAGGAAAGAAAGAUGAGAAGGAGGACGAACUAACUAAGUUGUACAGAGAAGAACGAAUCGUUGGAGGAGACAGUGCUGAAAUGGCCUCUGCACCAUGGCAGGUGAUGCUGUACAAGCGCAGGCCUCAGGAGCUGCUGUGUGGAGCCAGUCUGCUCAGUGACCAGUGGAUUCUCACUGCAGCUCAUUGCAUCUUGUACCCACCCUGGAACAAAAACUUUACCACUCAAGACAUCCUGGUCCGCCUUGGAAAACACUACCGUGCCAAAUAUGAACAGGGAAGAGAGAAAAUUGUUGCUAUUGACGAAAUUAUUGUUCAUCCGAAGUACAACUGGAAAGACAAUCUCAACCGUGACAUCGCCUUGCUCCACAUGAGAAAGCCAAUUGACUUCUCUGAUGAGAUCUAUCCUAUCUGCCUUCCAAGCAAGGCAGUUGCCAAGGCUUUGAUGUCCGCAGGUUACAAAGGCAGGGUGACGGGCUGGGGAAAUCUUAAAGAAACCUGGAACCCAGCAGCCAGGAAUUUACCAUCAGCCCUUCAGCAAAUCCAACUGCCCAUCGUGGAACAGAAUAUCUGCCGUAGAUCCACAUCUGUCAGGAUCACAAAUAACAUGUUCUGCGCUGGUUAUAAACCGGAGGACACUCAGCGUGGUGACGCCUGCGAGGGUGACAGCGGAGGACCGUUUGUGAUGAAGUACCCGGCAGAUAACCGAUGGUACCAGAUGGGCAUCGUGUCAUGGGGCGAAGGUUGUGACAGAGAUGGAAAGUACGGCUUCUACACUCAUGUGUACCGGAUGAGUAGGUGGAUGAGGAAAACCAUUGAGAAAGUGGGAAAUGAUGACGACGACUAA